AUUUUUCAUUUUUUAAUUUAAUUUUAUCUAUCAUCAUAAAUAAUUUUCUUGUUAAUUUACAAAAGAUCUAAUUGAAGAAAUAUUAGAAAUAUUGUAAUAAGAUGUCGAUUCUUUUUACAAAUCUUUUUAUAAGCUAAUAUAAAAUCUUACAUCAUUAUUGACGAUUAUUAUGAAUGGUUACACGCGUAUGUAGUAUCUUAUCUAUACAUAGAAUAAGCAAAAUAAAUACUAACGAACAAAUCAAAUAUAAUUAAAUUAAUUCUCCUGUUUUGUAACUAUAAAUAUAAAAAUAUUAGUUAGACUAAGUUGAUAUUUGGAGGAAAUACUUUGUUACUUAUUAUGAAUGAUGUGUAAAGGAAACACAAAUAAUGCUUAUUGAAACAGUUGUGAUGAUAUUUUAUAAGUAUUAAUAAAAUAUUUAUUUUUUGGUAUUUUUUAAAUGUUAGAAACUAGAUUUUUACUUAAAAAAGUUGGGAUAUUUAUACAUGUAUAAUUGAUAAUUGUUACACAAUAGCAUUGUAUUAAAAGAAUAUGUAAUUAUAAGUAAUUGUCUCGCUGUUAUAAUUUUGCGCGUCCUUUAUGAUCUGCUGUGGUAAAAAAUUAUAUUCUAUAAUAUAUAUUUAACGCGAACAUUUUUAUAAUAUUUAUAAAUAAGUCUGCAUAACACGCACGCGAAUGAGUCCAAAUGUACAAAUACAUAUAAAUGUUAAGCACAGUUGGAUAAUAAGACAAUCUUCUGAUAAAAUUUGAAAAAAUACAAAUAAUGGAAUAAAUUUUAAUAUAUUAAACAAAAUUUGCGAAUGUGUUUAUGCUGUAUAUAAUUAAGCAAAAUAAGAUAUCGAUGUUGUUUUAAUCUAUUCACGAAGUGAAUUAAGAGUAGACUGAUCAAUUACGAGAUGCAUUACAUAAAACAAAUUGGUUUGCGUAUAUAUAUAUAUACAUAUAAAAGUUAUAUGCAGAAUAUUUAAAAAAUCUUCCUCUGAAAAGUAAUACAUUAAAGCGAAAAUUCAAUUCAUAGAAACAAUCUUAUAUGUGAGCAGAGAGUAAUAUUAUGAUAUUGAUGUGUGAAGAAUCGUUUACGUUUUUUUUUCAACCAUUUCGCAAUACUGUUCCCUCUCCGUUCUUCAAAGAGCAUCCGGACCUUUAUUGCGAAUGACUCUUGCUCUCGCACGUUGACAGCACAUGAUCGGCCGUCGUAGCACAUGUAUCUCUUGGCAUUUCGCAUUACUUCGAGCGGACGGAUACGCGGAAAAGAAAUCAAGAGCAUUCUUCAAAGACGUGCUCUUCUCGUACGCGUAUGAUUCAAAAAUCAGACACGUGGGAGUGACAGAUCUCGAUGAUCUUUCCCGCGUUUCUUCGCAAAAAUACGAGAGGAUCGAGAAGAAAGGAAGAAUAGACGACGCGAGGGACAGCAUCGCGUUAUUAUAUUAAGACAAAACGACAAAGAGCGACAUGAAUCUGUCGUUCGCCGGUUGCGGUUUUCUCGGCAUCUAUCACAUCGGCGUGGCCAUCGGUUUGAAAAAGUACGCGCCGCAUUUACCGCUGAAUAAAUUAAGUGGCGCGUCCGCGGGUGCUAUGGCCGCGUGUUGCUUACUUUGCGAUAUGCCCCUCGAAGAAACUGUAAAUGGUGUUUUAUACAUGGCACAUACAGCGCGACAACACGCACUUGGACCACUCAGUCCGUAUUUCAAUGUGCAAGACAUAUUAUUGGAGAACCUACAGAAGAUUCUACCGGACGACGCUCACAUCCGUGUAAAUGGCAAACUGCAUAUCUCAUUGACUAGAGUAUAUGAUAGGAAGAACGUGAUAGUCUCACAAUUCAAUUCAAAAGAAGAUCUACUACAAGCUCUACUAGCCACUUCGUUUGUGCCGUUGUAUUCCGGUUUGCUGCCACCACGAUUUCACGGUAUCAGGUACAUGGACGGUGGUUUCAGCGACAAUCUUCCUACGUUCGAUGAAGAUACUAUUACUGUAUGUCCAUUUUGCGGAGAGAGCGAUAUUUGCCCUAGAGAUAUCUCGCAUCAGCUUUUUCACCUCAAUGUCUCUAAUACGAGCAUAGAACUUUCUAAGCAAAAUAUAUAUAGGUUCAUACAGGUAUUCUUUCCGCCUAAAACAGAGAUUCUCUCGAAUAUAUGUAGGCAAGGAUGCAACGAUGCACUGGAAUUUUUGCAUCGUAGAAAUUUACUAAAAUGAGUACUCAUAUAUAUAUAUAUAUAUACUCGUAUGUAACUUAUUGUUAGAUAUAAAAUAGUAUCUGAGCACAUUGUGAUCGACGUAAAAUAGUAAUUAUAAGGUACAAUACUUGAAAUAUAUAAGUAGGUGAGAUUCGUAAAAUAAUAUUUUUAAUAUCUGUUUUGGAAAAAAUUUAAAAAUGAGAUAAAUUUUAAUACAUUAAACAAAAUUUGUUGCAUAUAUAA